AUGAAUGAUGCUGUUGUGGCCGAAUGGCUCUGUGGGGCCAGCGGAAAGGAGAUCGAAAGUUGCCAGGAGACAGCAGAGUCCCUUUUGGGAGGAUUGUCGGAAGUGCUGGAAGCAAAGCUGUCCUCGGAAUCUCUGAUGAAGUUUUCGCUCUACACCGUCAAGGCUGUGGCCACACUGGCCCCGCUGCCUCCUCCGCUGGGCGUGGUGCUGAACAAGGCUGCAGACCUGGUGCUGAAUCGACUCAGCCGGGAGGCUGAAGCUGAGCUGGAGGACCUGGAAUCCAAGAUGGAGCAAGUGAGCCAGCGGGUCAUGACCGAGGAACUGCUGCGCUUGGGUUCUGCUCAGGCAAGGGCCGAAGAGGAUCAGAUCCAGGAGAUGUCUUCCAUGGAUGCCCUCUGGACCGACACCAUCUCUGGGAGUGGCGAAAACGGGGACUUCGCUCGGACCAUGAGCCAGGCCAGCAGCUUCAACCGCUGGGCGGCGAUCGAGCAAGGCUUGGCUACAAGUGCAGAGCUGCUGCUGCCGAGCAGCGGCAUGGUAGACGUCGAGGAGCGUGCCAGAUUUGCGCGGAUCCUCAAGCCGCACCUCGAGAUGCAUAUGUUGGUGCUCUCUCACAUGCAUGGAGCGGUCCAGGGAACUAAGCAUGAGAUCCGAUUGCGGGACACUCUCAAGAAGAAGGCACGCCGUGCGGCCAGAAACGUCUUGCCAGAUCUGAUCCUCCUGAGCGCAACGCACCGUGGGGCAGACGCGCUCACCAAGGCUGCCUUGAACACCCCCUUAUUACUGCACCGCUCGCCAGAAAGGGCAGCGGCUUGCCGAGACCUGGAGGUUGCGAGCACCAUGGAGUUCGAGUUCUUAGUGGUUUGCAUAUGGUUCCCGCUUCUCAGCAAACCCUCGGCCUUUGCUGGAGCUCUGAUGGCACCCAAGUAUUUCAUACCCGAAAGGACUUCCCGCGGUGACUUCACCGUCUUGAACUUGAAUGGAAAAGACAGUGUGGAUCCAACCGAAGCUGCCCGAGUUAUUGAGUUUAAAGGGCAUCACCUGGACUGCAACCAAUCUGAACGCAUGGAAGUGGUACAGCGGAUGUACCAGGAAGCGUAUAGCUAUCACAGGGCUGCUCAGAGAAUACGUGUUGGCUGCAGUGCAUCAACAAACCGCCGCCACAUCACCUUCAAGACCCCAGGACUUUGCGUUGACGUCGUGAAGUUCUUUGAGACCCAGACGAUUGCAGAGCUGGUGGCGGUGGAGUUGAGUGAGCCGUCCACCAGCAUGAAGAAACUCGACAUUUUCGGAAAAGACAUAAUUAGCAGCACAUGUCGCCUAGCAAACCGAGUCCUCAGUAGGCCUCCUCAUUGA